AUGGAAGAUAAUUACAACACAUGGGUCCAGUCUAUGAGCAUGGCCCUAACUAUCAAGAAUAAGAAAGGCUUCAUUGAUGGGACUCUCAAGAGACCAACACACAAUCCUGACGAGCAGCAACAAUGGGAUCGAUGCAAUACCCUUGUCAAGACUUGGCUACUUGGGGCAAUGUCAAAGGAAAUCUCAAGCAGCGUUAUUCACUGCAAAGAAGCGAGAGAGAAUGCUAUUCAUGACUGCAAACAAGGUGCCAAUUCAGUUACAGCAUUUUUCACAAAACUUAAAAGUCUUUGGGAUGAAAAGGAUGCCCUUUGUACUUUUCCACCAUGCCAAUGUGAAGUGGCUGCUGAAGUCAAAACCUAUCUAGAAACACAGAAGACUAUGAAGUUUCUGAUGGGACUUGGUGAGAGCUAUGCAGCCAUUCGCAGUAAUGUAAUUGGAAUGGAUCCACUUCCAAAUGUAAACAAGGCUUAUGCCAUGGCCUUGCGUCAUGAGAAACAGGCAGAGGUCUCUAAUGGGAAGACAGCUGCACCACCUGAAGCGUCCGCCUUCUCUGUGACUAAGUUCCAUCGUGCUCCUAAUUCAACAGAAGGAGAGAAGAAAUGUGAAAAGUGCAACAUGACAAAUCAUAGCACGAAAAAUUGCAGGUAA